AUGGGCAAGACAAUUCAUAGUGAGGCAAGGACUCUUAUAUUGAAGGUGCUGACUUUUUUUGAAAAUGAGAAGGCAAAUAAACGUUUUAUGAUUCCUGUAGACCAAGCUAUAAAAAGAGCUUGUGCAGCUACUGGUGUAUCAAAAAGAACACUGAUGAAAAUUAAAAACGAAUCGAAAGUUGUACAACAAAACGACCCGUCAUUGCCAAGUACAUCUUCAAGUUCAGGUCCAGCAGCUAUACCAAAAUUGUCUACACCAGGCAAAAAAAGAAGGACAAGCGCCAAAAAGAUCGAACUGGACAAUUUUGAUUUAUGCGCGUUGCGAAACAUCGUCAACAGUUUCUAUACAGUUAGAAAAGAAGUACCGACCUUGAAAAAAAUAUUGGCCGUUGCAAAAAGGGACUUAAAUUUUCCGGGUGGAAUAACCAGCUUGCGGCUAAUACUGGUAAACUAUUUGGGUUAUAAAUUUAAAAAAUGUAAAAAUAUGCGACAUUUUUUAACACAAAAGCCCGACAUCGUCGCUUGGAGGGAUCGUUACCUGCGAAAGAAGAAAGAAAACAAUGACCUCGGGGUGAAUAAAAAACCGGUUACAUACUUAGAUGAAACUUGGAUUCAUUCCCAUUAUACCGUACGUAAAUGUUGGCAAAACAGUAGCGACGCAAGCAUUAAAAAGAAUGAUAAUCCUGGGCAACGAUGGAUUGUUGUACACGCGGGCGGUGAAAAUGGUUUCAUUCCCGGAGCCGAACUUUUGUACAAAUGUAAGAGCAAUAUUGGAGACUACCAUCACGAAAUGGACACAAAAAAAUUUACGAAAUGGCUGAAAGAAAAGCUUUUACCAAACUUACCGCCUAAUGGUAUCGUCGUCAUUGAUAACACGCCUUAUCACUCGACGCAAUCUGAAAAGCCUCCCAUAAGCUCAUCUCUCAAAGCCGAUAUGCAAAACAGGCUGCAAAGCAACAAUAUCAACUUUGACGAAAAAAUGACAAAACGCGAACUGUAUCAUUUGAUUGUCACUAAUAAGCCUCCAAAAAAAUACAUUGUAGACGAAUUAAUGAAGGAGCACGGCCAUGAAGUUUUGCGGCUGCCACCCUACCAUUGUGAUUUAAAUCCAAUAGAAUACAUGUGGAAUUUAGUGAAGCAAAGGGUGGCAGACAAAAACGUUACUCAAUCUGAGAGAGAAAUCGAAAAUCUGACGAAGGAGGCUAUAAAGUCUAUUACAGUUGCUGACUGGAAGAAGGAAAUAAACCACAUUGAAAGAUUGGAAAAAGAGUAUUGGGACAAGGACCGUCUCCAAGAAAUAGAAGAAAGAGAAUUUAUAAUUUCUCUUGGAGGCGAAGAAUCCAGCUCUGAGAGCGAAAUUGAUGACGAAUCUGACACCAUGUCGGGAAUUGAAGAAAUUAAUUAUAGUAGCGAAAACGAUUGA